AUGGACGAAUUCAUAGCAGACGACGACCUCCUAGAGGCCAUGGCGGCCAUCGAACCAACCCUACAACCGGCACCUCCACCGCGCAAAGUCCAACAGCCGACACCGCAACGACUCGACAGGGCACCACCGCCAUCACUACCACCACCUCCUCCUGCUCCAAACACAUCGUCCACACCCGCAUCCACAUCCGCAUCCGCGUCCGCAUCCGCGUCCGCAUCCACGGCAGCAGGACCCAAGAUAGUUCAACCGACGCCGCAAGCGCUCCCGCAGCGCAGCACGCCGUCCUCGGGCUCGACGAUACUGGUAUCGCCCCGGCAGCGUGGCAACCCGGUGGUGUCGUCGAUCAAGUCGGUACCGUGGGAGUACAGCGACAUACCGGCGGACUACGCGAUGGGCCUGGGGACGUGCGCCCUGUUCCUCAGCCUGAGGUACCACCGCCUGCACCCGGAGUACAUCUACACGCGGAUCCGCAACCUGCAGGGGCGGUACAAGCUGCGGAUCGUGCUCACCAUGGUGGAUAUUGCCAACCACGAGGACCCGCUGCGCGAGCUCUCGACGGCGUCGCUGGUCAACGGCGUGACGCUGGUGUGCUGCUGGUCGGCCGCCGAGGCGGCGCGCUACCUCGAGCUGUACAAGUCGUACGAGCACGCCGGCUUCGCUGCCAUCAGGGGCCAGCAGAGCACGGCGUACACGGAUCGGCUGGUCGACUUCGUCACCGUGCCGCGCAGCCUGAACAAGUCCGACGCCGUCGCCAUGGUGGCCAACUUUGGCAGCCUGAGGAGCGCUGUCAACGCCGACCCGGAACAUCUCGCCCUCAUCGGGGGUUGGGGUGGCACAAAGGUCAAGAGGUGGACGGCCGCUGUGAAUGAGCCGUUCAGGGUCAGGAAGAAGAUAAGGAGGGUAGGUGGUACCCAGGUCGGUGCCGGUGCCGGUGCCGGUGUUGGCCCUCAGGUGUCGUCGACGCCGUCGACACAGCAGCAGCAACAGCAACAGCGUCGUGAAGAUGGUGCCUCUCAGGGCGGUGGGACCCAUCAGCGGGGGAAUGCUCUGAGUCGCUCACAGCCUUCCGCUGCCCCCCGCUCACAAGAAGCCGGUCCGCAACCGAGCCGCUCACGGCCUGCUGCUUCCGGUACACAGCAGAGCACAUCCUCAGCGGCACCGAAGGCAGUAGCAGAAACAAGCUCCAGAUCGGGACAGCUCCAUCUCAUGGCCGGCCUGGAUGAUGGGGACGCUGAUGUCGAUGAGGAGGCCAUGAUUGCUGCUGCUAUUGAAGAAUCGAAAAAGUUGACCCAACGGCAACGGCAGGAGCAGCAGCAGCAGCCACCAAAGUCGUCGUCCAGUUCUUCACAUCAGCAGCAAGAGACACGGAGUCAGGAGAAGGGCAAGGAUCAACUCAGUGAUGGCGUUGCUGCUGCUCUGGAAAGGUUACGACAGGGCGGCGGAUGA